UUCUAUCCCUCAUCAGGUGGAGUUGGGGCUUAAGAUAAUCUGCCUUCAAACACAAAGCUUUUCCUACUGCAAUGCAGCUGUUAUGAGCAGCUGCUGAAAUAAAAGAGCGUUGUGCUCUGCAACUCAGUCCUUUCCCAAGUACACCACUGAAGGAGGGUUAGAUUAGGACCGGAGGGUACUAACAGCCUACAAAGCAGGGCGAAAUCACCCACGGCUCUUCCACUCCGCGCUUGCGCAGAGGAGGAAUUAAACUCCCCGGAAAGACGCCUGGGACUCUGAGUUUGCGCAGACGCAGAGCUUCCUCAAGGCGGAACUGGGGCGACCCGGCCUCCUGCAACCUAAACACCCGGGGAGAAAGGAAGGUGGCAGACGUGCAGCGGUGCGCAUGCGCGGGCACUUCUCUCGGGUGAAGGGUUGAGAGCCGGACCGGGCGGCCAGCUGGGCUGAGAGCGGAGUAGGGUCAGGAUGGACGAGGACGUGCUGACCACCCUGAAGAUCCUCAUCAUCGGCGAGAGCGGCGUGGGCAAGUCCAGCCUGCUCUUGAGGUUCACAGAUGAUACUUUUGAUCCAGAACUUGCAGCAACGAUAGGUGUUGACUUUAAGGUGAAAACAAUUUCAGUGGAUGGAAAUAAGGCCAAACUUGCAAUUUGGGAUACUGCUGGUCAAGAGAGGUUCAGAACAUUAACUCCCAGCUAUUACAGAGGUGCACAAGGUGUUAUAUUAGUUUAUGAUGUCACAAGAAGAGACACCUUUGUUAAAUUGGAUAAUUGGUUGAAUGAAUUGGAAACUUACUGCACGAGAAAUGACAUAGUAAACAUGCUAGUUGGAAAUAAAAUUGAUAAGGAAAAUCGUGAAGUCGAUAGAAAUGAAGGCCUAAAAUUUGCCCGAAAGCAUUCCAUGUUAUUUAUAGAGGCAAGUGCAAAAACCUGUGAUGGUGUACAGUGUGCCUUUGAGGAACUUGUUGAAAAGAUCAUUCAGACGCCUGGACUGUGGGAAAGUGAGAACCAGAAUAAAGGAGUCAAACUGAUACACAGGGAAGAAGGCCCUGGAGGCGGAGCCUGUGGUGGUUACUGUUCUAUGUUAUAAACUCUGGGAAACUCCCAUCUCUUGCAUAUUUGAUCAGAUAGUGACAUCUUUCUGUAUAUAAACUCUUUAACUGCUAUUUUAGGAACCUUGCAGUUUGCACAUAUUUGUUUUGUAUCAUGGCAGUAAAUAUUUGCAAGAAAUCCCACUCAUCGGCUUUCCCAGGUAAAAUGUUAUGGUAAGCAUGCACAGUUUGCAGUCUACAGUUUUUUAUGUAACAUAAAAUAGGUGUACUUUUAUAAGUACAUUUGAUUUUAUGAUUUACAUUUAUCAUGUGAUAAAAAAAAUCCACCUAUUUAGUAUAUGUUGAUACAAGGUCUACUUUUGGUCUCCUCUUUGCAUAAAUACUCCUCUAUCAAUUACUGAAUUAAUUGGUGUGUAGAACUCCUAGAACUACUAGGAGAUAUUCAGGUAUCAUCAAACCUGGCAAAUUUCCCUUCAGGAAUAACAAAGAGCAUGAUUCCACAGCUUUUGUAGGAUGUUUGCAGACAGAUUCUCUUUUAGUACUAAGCAAAAUUCUCUUUAGAGGAUGCAAUCCAGGCCAAUUUAUAAUUAAAUCUCUGUUUAUUCUGAUGAUGCUUCUGAAAUAGCAUUGAUAUGUUAAGAAGUUUGGUCUUACUUUUACAUUUUCUUCAAUGAGUAGCUCAGUUGCUUAACUGGAGUUUUAAUUCUGUGAUAUGUACAUUGGAUUCUGACUCUUUGUGCAUCAUUUUUAGUUAUGUGGUGUUUGGCAAAAUGGCAAUAAGGUUUUCCCCCAUUUUGGUUUCAGAAGGAUGAGGAUAGUGUGUUUAUGUAACUCAUGUAGUACUUAACCACUUUUAAAACCAACACCUUUUUCCAUAAAUGUUGAUGGUGUUUGUCCAGGUACCUCAAUUGUAGCUCGUGUAAUGUUUAUGAACAUCUGUAUCUUACGACUCCCCUAAAUGGCUAGUUGAUUCAAAAACCUAUUUCUGUGUGUUGAGGGUUGGGAAAAAAAAAAAACACUAAAUGACCAUUUGAGAAAGACAUAUUGCUUCCAGAUUUUGAUGUGUGUGGGAAAAUACUGUUGCAAUGAAACUCUUGGUAAUUUACUGUAACAAGUAGCCAAUAGUUUAUCAAAACCAACUUGUCCAGACUAAUAAAUCUUUUCCACAGUAUACAGUUUUCUAACCUCUUGCUAUUAUACAUUGCAUAUUUUUUUUCACUCGUAUGUUAUUUAACUUACAUUGAUAUCUGCUGUUUUAUGCCCCUGAAUAAGUUAUUUGUCCUUUCAGGCAGGUUACCAUGAUACCCCCUCAGUAAGAUUUCUGAUACUAAUUUCUGGGUACAAAUACUAAUUGUAUAGAGUUGCAGGUGAUACUUUUUGGGGGUCACUUUUGCAAUACUCGUGAUAGUGGAUUUACUUCAAGUUGGGUUCUAAAAUGUACAUCUUCACGUAAGAGAAUCUUACAUUCUACCUGGUUCACACUUCUUAGACUACAUUACAUGUGAUUAAAGGUUUUAUACGUUAUAUAUGUAUUUACUAAAUAUAAAACAUUUACUCCUUUACUGUUGGAGAAAGGUAGCUAACACAUACUUAUGAUUUGUUUGUGUCACAUUACAGCUGUAGAUUUGUGUAUUUAUGUAGUGUUUGUAUUGACAAGACAUUCAUUUCUUUGUGCUUUUUGCUCUUUGAGCUAUAUAAUAAUCUUUUUGUGUAUUGGAUUGUCCUGUUGAUUUGGUCAAAAUUUGGAUACAUAUGAGUCACUUACUUUUAAACACUAAUUUUGUUUGAUAGAACUAUAUUGUAACCUUUUGUAGUUUUUGAAAUAAAUAUAGCCUGCUUUCCCUAGA